CUUCCGGUGCCGUGAGGGCUCGGGGCUGACGCGGGCUAAUUCCUUCCCUGAAAUUGCUGUUUGGGUAGAAGUAUGCCCUUUGCCUAAUAGAAGAUGAUCAUCUUGGAGAAUGACCAUGGAGAAGGGGAUGAAUUCAGGAGAAGGACUGCCUUCCAGAUCAUCUCAGCCUUCAGGUGUUAAAAUAACAGCAAAAGAGUUGGAAACAAAGCAGUCCUAUAAAGAGAAACGCGGAGGCUUUGUGCUAGUGCAUGCAGGUGCAGGUUAUCAUUCUGAAUCAAAAGCCAAGGAAUAUAAGCAUGUAUGCAAGCGAGCUUGUCAGAAGGCAAUUGAAAAGCUUCAGGCUGGUGCUCUUGCGACAGAUGCAGUAACUGCAGCUCUGGUGGAACUUGAGGAUUCUCCUUUUACAAAUGCAGGAAUGGGAUCUAAUUUAAAUCUCUUAGGGGAAAUUGAGUGUGAUGCCAGCAUUAUGGAUGGAAAAUCUUUAAAUUUUGGAGCAGUUGGAGCACUGAGUGGAAUCAAGAACCCAGUCUCUGUUGCAAACAGACUGUUGUGUGAAGGACAGAAGGGCAAGCUUUCGGCUGGAAGAAUUCCUCCCUGCUUUUUAGUUGGAGAAGGUGCCUACAGAUGGGCAGUGGAUCACGGGAUUCCCUCUUGCCCUCCUAACAUCAUGACCACCAGAUUCAGUUUAGCUGCAUUUAAAAGGAACAAGAGGAAACUAGAGCUGGCAGAAAGAGUGGAAACAGACUUCAUUCAACUGAAGAAAAGAAGACAAUCAAGUGAAAAGGAAAAUGAUGCAGGCACUUUGGACACGGUGGGUGCUGUUGUUGUGGACCAUGAAGGGAACGUUGCUGCUGCUGUCUCCAGUGGAGGCUUAGCCUUGAAACAUCCAGGGAGAGUGGGACAGGCUGCUCUUUAUGGAUGUGGCUGCUGGGCUGAGAAUACUGGAGCUCAUAAUCCCUACUCCACAGCUGUGAGUACCUCAGGAUGUGGAGAGCAUCUCGUGCGCACCAUACUUGCUAGAGAAUGUUCACAUGCUUUACAAGCUGAAGAUGCUCACCAAGCUCUGCUGGAAACUAUGCAAAACAAGUUUAUCAGUUCACCUUUCCUAGCCAGCGAAGAUGGAGUGCUUGGCGGAGUAAUUGUCCUCCGGUCAUGCAGAUGUUCUGCAGAGCCUGACUCCUCUCAGAAUAAACAGACACUUCUAGUGGAAUUUCUAUGGAGCCACACAACAGAGAGCAUGUGUGUUGGAUAUAUGUCAGCCCAGGAUGGGAAAGCCAAGACUCACAUUUCAAGACUCCCUCCUGGUGCGGUGGCAGGACAGUCGGUUGCAAUCGAAGGUGGGGUUUGCCGCCUGGAGAGCCCAGGGAACUACGCUUCAGGCUUACAGUGACAUAUCUGACAGCUGUUUCAGAUCCUGAGCCUUUGGAGUUUUUAACUGAAGUUGGAUGUUUUAUCUUUCUUGUUUUAUAAUUCCAGUCAACCUUGUGCAUCGCUUGGGACACAAGAGCUGCUAUAGUUAGCACUCAGUGAUACUCGGGCCUUAGGCAGGUGAGCAGAAAUAGGGGGAGGGGGAAUGCGAGUACGAGUGUAUGUCUGUCUAUAAUGUGUGCUUACUUCUCCCUUGACAAAGAAGAAUCUCAUUGUGUAGCUUAAGACUGGGAAUGAUCAAAUCAUCUUUACCGAAAUGUGUGCUUUAACUGUUUACAAGUAAAACCUAAAGUCACAGGAGUUUUUUUAAAAUUAUUUAUAAAGAGGUACCAACUGUCAUUAAUAUUGUGUCUGAAUUGAAGAGUAAAGCUAUGUGUUGAAAUGACUUGACAGUGCUAGUGCUCCGUUUAAUAGCAGUAAUAAGUAAUAAAGUGUUUUUAUUUGUCAGCCAGUUUAAGUGGACCCUGUGUUGACUUAAGCUAUGUUCCCAUCCCUCAAAUGGGGCAUUUUUCUUUAACAAAGAAUGGUUUCAGUGAAACAAUCUAGCAGAGAAUUAAAGUCAGAACUUUUUAAAAUAAUAGUCUUAUUGAUAAAGUUUGUACUUCCCUCAGCUUUUCUAAGCUUAAAUAUUGCAUAGCUUCGAGCUACAUGGACUAUAUUAUGAAAGAAUGUGUAAAGAGAACAGACGGUAAUGCACAGUCCUUAAUUUGUGUAUAAUGGAAUGUUAUUUACAAUGUAACACUGUAAAUAAGAAAGCAAAGUUUAUGGCAAAUUCAUAUUAUCUUUGUUUCUUGUUUAAAUAUAUUUUUAAGAUAAAUGCACAAAAAAUAAAAGAAACAUAUUACUGGGUAUAGUGUGUGACUCCUCUUCUCAGAGUAAUAAAUUAUCUUUGAACCCUA